GUUUUAAAUAAACGCAUAAUGUGGAUAGUAGCAAACCUGACUGUGACAAAUAUUGUUUUUACUUGAAACUAAUUUAUUUACAAUCUUUUCAGUUUUGGGAAAUAUUUUAAUCGGCAUUAAAACUAAUUUAUUUUCAGAUGCUUUUGUAUACAUCCCUACAGUAUGACAUAUUCGAAAUCUUAGUCAGAUUGUUACAGCGGUUUGAACUCACUUAUUAUAAUGGCUGGACUCCUUCAAUGAAAACAGAGGACCAACUACUCAUUGUACUAAUGAAGUUAAAACUCAAUCUACGGGACACUGACUUGGCUCAUAGAUUCUGUGUCAGUCGACCAACAGUUUCGAACAUCUUUCAUACCCUUGUUCAUGCACUACACAAGAUGCUGUCCGAUGGCGUAGUCAAUGAAUGUUUUCCAAGUCAGCUUAAAUGCAAAGGGUCUCUGCCAAAAUCUUUUGAGGAUUUUUCCUCUGCUAGAGCAUCCAUGGAUGCAAUUGAAACAACCCAGGAUAUCCCUACACAUAUGGACAAUCAGGCCAUGGCCUACAGUACAUAUAAAAGUCGCCAUACUGUUAAAGCAGUGACUUGCGUGGCUCCAAACGGUGCACUUACAUUUUGCUCCAUGCUGUACCCAGGUUCUACUUCUGAUGUAGCUAUUGUACGUCACAGCCAAGUUUUACGUAAGUUCAAAGCUGGAGACCUAAUUUUGGCCGACAAAGGUUUCACCAUUCAUGACCAGUUGCCCCAGGGUGUCUGCUUAAACAUACCAGCUUUUUUAUCAACACGAGGCCAGUUUACCAAACAAGAAGCAGCACUGUGUUACAAGAUUGCUAAAGCACGUAUUCAUGUGGAAAGAGCCAACGAAAGGAUAAAGAAUUACGAGAUUCUCCGACACAUCCCAUCUACUUACAGACCAAUCUCAACAAAAAUA